GGCGGGGAGAGGAGUCAGGUAGCUGUGGCCUAAGAUACCAGACCACGCCCUCCUGAAGCGGCGAGGCGUCCCAUUGGUUCGUGGCUUUCCUUCAGGAGGCGGGGCGGCCAAUGGGAGAGCGAGUUGAGUGGCUUCAAAAGUUAAUUGGUUCGAAUCUCGUCCCGGACACUCCCCCGCCAGCGGCACCAUGAACUCUGAGACAUAAUAUAUAAAAGAGCUUGUCAAUCUUGCAUCAGGUCUUACGGUGAACCCUAUACUGCGGUGAGUGCAAGGCGGAGCGGAGCCAAGUGAAGAUGCAGUGGAAACGCCUGGUUCUCGUGGCCCUGGUGGUGCUUCUUCAGGGCCUGGCGGAGGCGCGAUCCCGCAGGAACACCACCAGGACGCGGCAGAACAGAAGGACACAAGAGAGGUUCCGGCCUGUGGAAAGCAGGCUCAGUGACAACCAGGGGGACGUGGAGCCGCUUGCGCCGCCACACCACUCCCUCCGCCAGCAGCACGCGUACCGGGGCCAGCACGGCGGCAGGGUGCGGCACUUCCAGGGCAGGCACCACGGCCACCACCACACCCCGCACCACGCCCACCACCCCCAGCAGCUGGCCGCCGACCACCACGAGUGCCCUAAUUGCUAUCAGUUGGAGAUGCGCAAGAAACUUCGACUGGCGCAAAUAAAAGACCGCGUGCUGACCGCCACGGGGCUGAUCAACCCGCCUAACAUGACGGGCGUAGUGCUGUCCAGUAACCCAGACGUGCAGGGGAUUAUUCAGACAAUGGAGGUGCCCACGGCGUACCUCCAGGAGCCGCUCUAUAACGAAGACGAGCCAGAUGUCAAAACGGAAAUGCUGUUCUUUCCGGUUCAACCAGGUAACGGAUACACCCCGUCCCCAGCGCCUCCUGAUUUGAACAUUCCUGAGGGCACGGACGUAUUAUACUUCAACCUGAGCCGGACGCCUUUAGGGAACAGGGCCAAGAGAGCCAUCCUUCACGUGUGGCUUAAGCCCACCGUCUCUGAGCUCCUUAGACAAUUACCUGUGUCCAUUUUCAAGGUGUCCAGGCCCCAGAUACCCGGUGGCGAGAUUGAAAAGAAGUCCGUGACCACCGUGAUGGAGUCCUUUAACCCUUACGAAGGCAACUGGGUCAAAAUAGAGAUAUACCAGCUGCUGCAGGAGUGGCUGACGAGGCCGGAGGAGAACCUGGGGCUUGUCGUGGAGGCCUUAGAUUCCCAGGGGCAGCAGGUAGCAGUCACGGACCCACAGGAAUCACCCUCUAAUGCGCCGCUGCUAGAGAUCCACACGGAGGACUCCAACAGGUCGCGGUCUCGGCGGAACAGCGGCAACUUUAUGUGCACCAACGAGAACGAGUCUCGCUGCUGCCGCUACCACCUUACCGUCAACUUCGUGGAGAUGGGCUGGGACUUCAUCGUGGCGCCCAAGGUGUACGAGGCUAACUUCUGCAACGGCGAGUGUCCCUUCCUGUACGCCCACAAGUAUGCCCACACCGCCCUCAUCCAGAAGAUGAACAGCACCAACGCCCAGCACGGGCCCUGCUGCGGCGCCAGGAAGCUGUCGCCCAUGAAGAUGCUGUACUACGACCACGACCACAUGAUCAAGUUUGACAUCAUCAACGACAUGGUGGUGGACCGCUGCGGUUGCUCCUAAGACCCGCGCCACGCCGCGCCCCGCGUCCAGCGCCCAGCGCCACGCGCAGCGCCUCGCGCCCAGCGCCGCGUCGCCACUCCUAUAAGCAUCUGUGAUGGACACUAGGUCUUCUGUAAGGCUACCCUGCCCCGCCCGCCCCGCCCGCCCCGCCUCGCCCCGCCCGACGCCGCGCCGACCACCCAGCCCCUCCUUGCCCCAGUGCGUGCCUCGCCCCGCCUCGCCCCGCCACGCCACCCUCCACCACGGUGGCGGGGCGCGCCCAGGCGACGCCCUGUGCUGCUGCCGCUACUGUUGUUAUUGUUGUUGUUCCUGCUGCUGCUAUUACUGCUGCUGCUGCUGCUGCUGUCGCCGCGUUGCCGCCACUGCCGCCGCCGCCGCCGCCGCCGCCGCCGCCGCCGCUGCCACUGCUGCCGCCGCCGCCGCCACAGCUACCGCCGCCGCCACUGCAGCUGUGUUCGCUUCACCAGCACGUGCGGGUGGCGGGGCGCGGCCAGCACACAGGUGUUGCAGACAAUCAGUGCAAUGAUGUCCCACUCGCCGCCCCGCCCCUGCCGACCCGCCCCACCACCCGGGGACACGCCUCACCGGCCCAUACAGCCAUUCACCCAAAGGGAGGUGCGCACCCUGCCGGGCCACGCGCUGCAGUGGGUGCGGUGAGGAAGUGGCGCCGCGCAGGCCCGAGGCGGGAGUGAGGCACUGCGCGUCGCCGCCACUUUCCUGCUCAAUCUCCAGGGGCGCGGGGUGCCUGGGGGCGCGGCGCGGCGUGGUGCGGUCAAAGGCAGGGCAGGGCAGGGCAGGCGGGCGCCCCGUGAUGCCGCCGCGCCACUGCCGCCUCGAGGAGAGGAGUGCUUCAUUAGCCAGUAAGAGUGUGUUGUGUAUUUUCGGUGUCUACACUUCCCUGUACCAGUGUUACAGUGCUACAGUGCUACAGUACGUAGUGUUAGGGAAAGCUUUCCUUCCGGAGUGUGUCCUGCCGUGUUCGCUAGUCGGGAGCGGAGGCGGCGGGGGCAGGGGAACGGCCGCCCCUUGCCCCGCCACCCCCGUCAACUCAUCUGGGUGUGUCGCACCUGAGGGACGUGUGUGUGUGUGUGUGUGUGUGUGUGUGUGUGUGUGUGUGUGCGCGCGCGCGUCUUAACUUUAGCCAAAAUAUAUAAUCAAUAAAAAAACAAAUCUAGCAUUAACAAUUUCAGUCUCCGAAAAGUCACGUGACGAACACAAUUCCCUGAGGCAGGUGAGAAAACAACACCUGGAAACUCACUUCCAGUUGACGCUCCUCCUCUCUCCUCCCCCGUCACCACAACACCACCACCACCACCACCACUCCCAUACAUCUACCACCAGUCACCAUCACCACCACCACCACCACUAAAUCCACAUCAACAUCAACACUUCACUUCAUCAUCAUCCCCACCAACACCGUCACCACCAUUUCAUCACUCACACCACCACACCACAUCACCACCACACCAUCACCACAAUCAACAACACAAAAACACAAAAA